AUGUGCAUUAUCUGCUUUCCUCUCUCCCUGUCCCCCUCCCUAUCUGAUUCUCUCACUUUCCCUCACUGCAAUCCUCAGGAGGUAGAGAGUGUGGCGGACGGCAGCAACAAGGAGGCGGACAAGUUUCGCGCGCUGCUGCGCUCAGACCCCUUCUACUACUCCGUGGGCCGGGCCAUGCGCUCCCACGCAGCCGCAGCAGCAGCGCAGGGCGAGCGGGCGAGGCAGGAGAGGGAGCAGCUGCAGCAGCAGGGUGAGGCGGAGUCGUUCCGACAAAUUGGGGAGCGAGUGGAGAAGGAAGUGGAGAGGCUCGUUGCAGGCACGUCUGGGAGCGAGAGUGAGGUUCCUGGUGCUGCUGCUGCUGAUGGUGCAGCUGAUGGUGCUGCUGGUGGUGGUGUGGGAGUCAUGAAUGCAGCUGAAGCGUUAGCAGAGGAAGCUGUUGCACCUGUGCCGCCUGCAGCACGGACGGCCAAGCCUGCCUCCCCUGCGUCAGUGGCGAGACCGCCACGCCCUCCCUCGCCCAGGAAACUUGUGGCCCCUGCACCACCCGCUGCUGCACAGGCAGCAGCAGCAGGCACUUCACCAGCAGCUCAAGGUCUCCAGUAUGGGCAGUUACAGCAGAGGGACCCGGCAAUAUUCCAUGCGGUUACCACUCUCGAUAGAGCCAUCUCGUUUAUGAGAGCCAGAGCAGCAGCUCAGCGCCAGGCAGCAACUGCUGCUGCAGGCAGUGGUGCUGCUGGGCUCCCAGGUCUGGUACCACCGAAGCAAGAGGUUUGGAGCUACAGUGGUCAGCUCCGGCCCGCACCCAGGCAGGGUGAAAGUGGAAGGGAUGGGGAUGCCGGGGAGACUGGUGGGAGUGGGGAGGGGGGGACUGAGGAGAGGGUGUGGAUGCUGACCAGGACAAUAUCGGCAGGUCCUGCCGAUCAUGAGCUGUAA